CUGACCAGCAGGGGCAGCCAGCAGUACCGAGCCCUGACGGUGCCCGAGCUCACCCAGCAGAUGUUCAACUCCAAGAACAUGAUGGCUGCCUGCGACCCGCGCCAUGGCCGCUACCUGACCGGGGCCGCCAUUUUCCGUGGCCGCAUGUCCAUGAAGGAGGUGGAUGAGCAGAUGCUCAAUGUGCAGAACAAGAACAGCAGCUACUUCGUGGAAUGGAUCCCCAACAAUGUGAAGACGGCCGUGUGUGACAUCCCUCCUCGUGGCCUCAAGAUGUCGGCCACCUUCAUUGGCAACAGCACUGCCAUCCAGGAGCUGUUCAAGCGCAUCUCGGAGCAGUUCACUGACAAUAAGCCUAAUCUGACAAGGGAUCUACCCCCAUGA